AUGAUGAGUUACUUGAAGGAAUGUCAUGGAAAGUGGUUGUAUGUUCCUUUUAUAUCUGAAGAGUAAGUUGGAAGUUCUAUAAAGGUUUAAAAAUACUUGUUUUUAUCUGUUUUGGAAGCGGCUUACAGGAAGUAAAAGUUUAAAAUAUUAAUAAAAGGACGAAAUAAGCUUUUAUAUCUAAAAUAAUAUUGUAUUUUUCUGUAGUUGAUGAAAAUUUUGAUGUGCUGAAACUAUAUUGAUUUAGCCGCAAAAAGUUGAAUGAAAAGUACUCGGUAAAUGGCAUUCCAACUCUUGUCAUAAUCAAGCCUGAUGGAUCUGUUGCUGAAAACGACGUUGCGGAAGAAGUUUUUGUAAGUUUAUAUAUGAUUUUUGUUCAUUUUAUAUUUCUGCAUAUGCCAAUGUUAUUUAAAUGCAUUUAAAGUUUUUUGUUGCUUGAGGCUAUAAUUGAUCAAAUAUUAUUGUGGAUUGUUUUAGGAUUUUUGGUUGAUUUUUAAAUAUAUGGUUGAGGUUUUAGAAUAUUGCAUGUAGAAGAUUGUUAAGAAUAGUUAUAGAAGGUUUAGUUUAUAUAUUGCGACUUAAAUUUGCUUUUCAGGACAACAAGAACACUGAAGAACUGAUCAAGAAGUGGAAGAGCAAGAUGUGA